AUGGACUUUCAGGUGGUCCGCCUCUGCCUCUUCACCCGCCUGGGCGUCACCCUGCUCGCCGUGGCGGCCAACUUCCUGCCCGACCACGAGUCGGCGGACGCCUUUCGAAAUGAUCUCCUCGCUCGGUAUCCCGUCGACCAGCGGUCUACCCUCGACCGAGCCAUUCUCUGGUGGGCAGAGCCGCUCACCCGCUGGGACGCACAGUACUUCCUGGAGAUUGCCCACGAAAAUGGCUACCGGGAGGAGCAGACGCUCGCCUUCUUUCCGAUGUUCCCACUGCUGGUCCGCUACGUCGGCCUCGGCCUCCAGCGGGCCAUCCUCUUUCACUUUCCCACGGCGCAGCUGUCCUUCAUCUCCUCGCUGAUGCUCGCCGCCUACCUGGUCAACCUGGUGGCCUUCACGCUGGCCGGCUGGUUCCUCUACCAACUUACCUACACCGUCUCCCACUCGCGGGCGCAGUCCUAUCGCGCGGUGAAGAUCUUCGCUUUCAACCCCGCCUCCAUCUUCUUCACCGCCUACUACACCGAGUCGCUCUUCAGCUGCCUCACCUUCGGCUCGCUCUACUUCCUCUACCACUACAACCUCUCGGUAGUCAGCUCGGUGCUCAUCGCUCUGAGCGCCUACACGCGUUCUAAUGGAGUCGUCACCUUUCCCUUCAUCGCAUUCAGCAACCUCAUUCACAUGCUGUCGAUGGCGAAGGGGGCAAGGGCUUCUCCUGCCUACCUCUCCCUCCGCUUCUUCACCGUCACCGCCCUGGAGGCGCUCAUCUGCCUCAUUCCGCCCGUUCUCUUUCAGUGGUCGGCGUGGGUGCAGUUUUGCCGCGACACUACCACUACUUCAUCCUCCUCCUCCUCCCCGAAGCCCGUCUGGUGUCAGGGCGACACCUUCAGCCUGCCGUACUCGUACGUGCAGGGGACGUACUGGGAGAACGGCUUCCUCCGCUACUACCAACUGAAGAAGAUACCCAACUUCCUCAUGGCCGCACCGACGCUCCUCCUGGUGAUCACCUCGACGCUGCUCUACCUGCGCCGUCACCGCCACCACCUGCUCGCUCUGCUGGUCGACCACUUCAGCCCCUCCUACAAUCCGCAGCUGUCCAUCACGGCGCUCACCGAGCACAGCGCCUACGUCGUACAGCACCAGCCGCAACCACAAACACAGCCACAACAGCAACCACAGCAACAAUCGCAGCCGCCGGCAAAACCACAGGAGUACAAACGGAACGACCUCUUCCAGCAGCCCUGUCUGCUGCCCUUUGCCCUGCACGCCCUCUUCCUCGCCACCUUCUGUCUUCUGUUCAUGCACGUCGAG